UCAAAGACAGCAACAGGAGCAGGAACAACAGCUUAAAGAUGCCCGCUGGCGUUUCAUGGGGACAAUAUAUGAAGUUCCUGGGCAGCGCAAUGCUGGCCAUGAUGGCCGGUUCCCAGGCAGUCCAUCUGUACUUUAAGCCACUCGAUGAUCUGCCCGCUUAUAUAGAGCGCGAAAGGGAGCACAAGGAGGAGCCAAUAAAAACAAUAGCUCCCAGUUAGUUUGCAAUUAAACUAUCUUUAUAAACCA